GGUCAGGCUCUCAUAAAAUCUUUCCACGACCGAAGAUUAUUUGUUCGUAGGGAGACCUCACUCACGGGGGAUUCCCCAAAGUGGUUUUUGCCCAAUGAUCCAGACAGGGCAGUUCUAUGGGAUGCGAUGACGGGUUGUAUUGAGGGCCAAUAUACGAUGGAUGAUGCAGUCAGCAUGCUGGCUCCCAUUGUGUCGGCUCGACCUUCCCGCCAAAUCCCUGCCGCUGAGGACGGACUUUCGCCGCUUCGCGACUUGAGUGCGGAGAUCAAAGUAUCAGAUCGCAUCCCAGUCACUGGAGGAGGAUUUUGUGACAUUUGGCUUGGGGAGAGACUCGGGAAAGAAAUGGUAGCGCUCAAAGUCCUCAAAACAUAUGGGGUUCCCAACCAGAUACGGAAGAGGUUUUUGAAAGAAGCUGAGCUUUGGUCUGGUCUGGAUCAUCCCAACAUUCUUAAAUUUUACGGGAUUUGUGAACUGGGGACAUCGACAGCAAUGGUGUCCCCCUGGCUCAAAAAUUCGAAUGUGAUUCAUUAUAUGGCGACAAUCAACCCUCAUGCGAACCGGUUAAAACUGUUAGAAGGGGCCGCAGAGGGAUUGCUGCAUUUACACACAUAUUCUCCUCCAAUUGUGCAUGGAGAUUUAAAAUGCGCGAACAUACUUGUCAACGACGACGGAUCAGCUUGUUUAGCCGACUUUGGAUUAUCGAAGGCUCAUGAAGAAGUGACGUCUCUCAGUCUCAGAGAUGCUGGUUCUCAGAGAUACAUGGCUCCUGAACUUUUUGAAGGUCCGGAAGACGACAAUAUACCCUUAAAGUCUCUCGCUAGCGACAUUUAUGCGUUUGGCCAAGUGAUGCUAGAGCUGCUCUCCGGCCAAAGACCAUUUUACGAGCUCCGUCAUGAAAGUAUGAUAUACCUUGCGAUAGCCAGGGGUGACAGACCUGCAAGGCCAGACAAUGAAAUCUCAAAAAUUUGGCUGACCGAUCCAGUGUGGAACUUUAUACAGGAACUUACUAAUGUGCGGAAAGAGCGCCGACCAUCGGCCCUGGAGGUUCUCCAAGCGAUUCAGGCAGUACAGGUCUGCAUGCUCCGGAAGUGUUCGACACUCAUACCAUGGAUCUCGAGCAGACUAAACAAUAGGGAGAGUAAGGAGGAAGGACAGAGAGAGGGACAGAGAGAGUAGUUCAUAGCUAGCGACCGGACCAUGCCCAACUCCAAGCUGAAUACAUCAACACCCAAGUUGGGAGACCUUUUUUUAUUCAGUACAAAUAAUCCUUGAUUCAAUGUUUUUGGACGACUGGGGGAGGAUGGGAACGUACAUAUGUAAGUGGAUAUCAAAA